AUGCGUGCAGAGUCUGACCUGGAACUACUGAACAAAUUAGUCACUGAUCACAAUGUUCCUCCCAGUUUAAGAUUCGCGUUGUUGACCAGAUUGAGAUUUGCAAGGGCGUUCUCAUCUUUGGCUACCCGGCAGCAGUAUACAUGCAUUCGCUUAUAUGCUUUCAUUGUUUUGGUUCAAGCAAGUGGUGACACAGAGAAUGUUGUUUCUUUCUUUAAUGGCGAGCCCGAGUUUGUAAAUGAGUUAGUUACGCUGUUAAGCUGUGAGGAUACUGUUCCAGAGAAAAUAAGGAUCCUAUGCUUGCUUUCCUUGGUUGCACUAUCGCAAGAUCGAACCCGGCAGCCGGCUGUUUUAACUGCAGUCACCUCUGGAGGGCAUCGUGGUUUGCUAUCUGGCCUAAUGCAGAGAGCAAUUGAUUCUGUUAUUUGUAAUACUUCUAAGUGGUCUCUGGCUUUUGCGGAAGCCUUGUUAUCCCUUGUUACAGUCCUUGUUUCAUCAUCAUCUGGGUGUUCAGCCAUGCGAGAAGCUGGUCUAAUUCCGACCCUUGUGCCUCUCAUCAAAGAUAGAGAUCCCCAGCACUUGCAUUUGGUCAGUACUGCUGUGCAUAUAUUAGAAGCCUUCAUGGAUUACAGCAACCCAGCUGCUGCUUUGUUUAGAGAUUUGGGUGGCUUAGAUGAUACUAUCUUUCGGUUGAAACUGGAAGUCUCUCGUACUGAAGAUGAUGUGAAAGAAACAAGUUGCAGUUCAGAUAGUGUUGGGAGGGAAUCAGAUGUUGUUGGUGGCUCUCUUAAUCAGCCUGAUACUGAACAGCUUCCCUAUUCCGAAGCAUUAGUUUCGUAUCACAGGAAAUUGUUGUUAAAAGCCUUGCUACGUGCAAUAUCUCUUGGAACUUAUGCUCCUGGUAACACUAACCUCUAUGGUUCCGAGGAGAGCUUGCUGCCUGAAUGCUUAUGCAUAAUCUUCCGGAGAGCAAAAGAUUUCGGGGGUGGAGUGUUCUCGCUUGCUGCCACUGUCAUGAGUGAUCUCAUUCAUAAAGACCCCACUUGUUUCAAUGCUUUAGAUUCGGCUGGUCUAACUUCUGCCUUCCUUGAUGCUAUAUCUGAUGAUAUCAUCUGCUCUGCAGAAGCCAUAACAUGCAUUCCACAGUGUCUGGAUGCCCUGUGUCUCAACAAUAGCGGUCUCCAAGCUGUAAAGGACCGAAAUGCAUUGAGGUGUUUCGUGAAAAUAUUUACUUCUGCAUCUUAUCUGCGGGCUCUUACUGGCGAUACUCCUGGUUCUUUGUCAAGUGGGCUUGAUGAACUCUUAAGACACCAAUCUUCGUUGCGCACUUAUGGAGUCGAUAUGUUCAUUGAAAUCCUCAAUUCGAUGUUGAUUAUGGGAUCUGGGAUGGAGGCCUCCACUUCUAUGUCAACAGAUGUGCCUACAGAUGCUGCAACCGUUCCUAUGGAAAUUGAUUCUGAUGAGAAGAGCUUGGCCGUUUCGGAUGAGGCACAACCAUCUUCUGAUACUACUCCAGCAAACAUUGAGCAGUUUCUUCCAGAUUGUGUGUCUAAUGUUGCUCGUCUCUUUGAAACAGUUCUUCAGAAUGCGGAAGUAUGUUCCCUGUUUGUUGAGAAAAAAGGAAUUGAUGCUGUUUUGAAGCUAUUCUCUUUGCCUCUUAUGCCUCUGUCAACCCCUCUUGGUCAAAGUUUUUCUGUCGCUUUUAAGAACUUCUCCCCUCAGCAUUCGGCUAGUCUAGCCCGGAUAGUGUGCUCCUACUUAAGAGAACAUCUGAAGUACACAAAUGAGCUUUUGGUUUCCAUUGAAGGCGCUCAGCUUCUUAAAUUAGAGUCUGAGAUCCAGACAAAGAUUUUGAAAUCUCUUUCCUGCCUAGAAGGCGUGUUGUCCCUCUCUAACUUUUUGUUGAAAGGAACAGCUUCAGUUAUUUCGGAACUGAGUGCUGCUGAUGCUGAUGUACUGAAAGAACUUGGUCUAACAUAUAAGCAAAUGAUAUGGCAGAUGGCUUUGUGUAGUGAUGCCAAAGAAGAUGAAAAAAAGAGUGUUGAUCGAGGACCUGAUAAUUCAGUUUCAGCAUCAUCUAGUGUUGAAAGAGAGAUUGAUGAAGAUUCAAGCAACGCUCCUGCAGUUAGAUACACUAACCCUGUAGCCACUAGAAGCAGUAACCCUCAGUCUAUUUGGGUUGGGGAUCGUGAAUUUCUCUUUGUUGUGCGUUCUGGCGAAGGUACCCAUGGUCGUACACGACAUGCAAUAGCCAGAAUGAGGGGUGGGAGGACUCGUCGACACCUGGAGUCUUUCAAUUUUGAUUCUGAGAUUCCUUCUGAUCUACCAGAAACGUCAUCUUCCCAUGAGCUGAAAAAGAAAAGCCCCGAAGUUCUCAUUGUUGAAAUUUUAAACAAGCUGAAUUGUACACUACGUUUUUUUUUCACAGCCCUUGUGAAAGGAUUUACCUCCUCUAAUCGUCGCAGAAUUGAUGGAGCAUCAUUGAGUUCAGCAUCUAAGACGCUUGGUACUGCCCUAGCUAAAGCAUUUCUCGAAGCUCUUAACUUCCAGGGCUAUGGUGCUACUGCUGGGCAUGAUAUCUCUCUGUCAGUAAAGUGCCGGUACCUUGGAAAAGUGGUAGAUGACAUCACUUACCUGACAUUUGAUACUCGAAGGAGGGUCUGUUUUCCAGCUAUGGUGAAUAGUUUUUAUGUCCAAGGAACCUUUAAGGAACUUCUCACCACAUUUGAAGCUACAAGCCAGUUGCUUUGGACAGUGCCGUUUUCUAUUCCUGCAUCUGGUACUGAGAAUGAGAAGCCAGGUGAAAGGAAUAUUAAUCGGACGAGAAUAAAGAUAGAGUCCCAUUCUACAUGUCAAUACUGA